AUGGCCGAAUCCGCUUCCCCAAUUGGCAUUGCCAAUCUCCCCAACCAGCGACACAAGAUUGUUGCAAAGCGUGGAGCUGCCUUCACCAUCAUGGUUGCUGGCGAGUCUGGUCUGGGCAAAACGACCUUCAUCAACACCCUGUUCUCCACCACCAUCAAGAACUAUGCCGACCACAAGCGCCGACACAACAAGCAGAUGGACAAGACGGUAGAAAUUGAAAUCACCAAGGCUGAGCUUGAGGAGAAGUUCUUCAAAGUCCGCUUGACUGUCAUUGACACUCCUGGCUUCGGCGACUACGUCAACAACCGCGACUCCUGGCAACCCAUUAUCGAGUUCCUCGACGACCAACACGAGUCGUACAUGUUGCAGGAGCAGCAACCGCGCCGCACCGAUAAGAUCGAUCUUCGCGUGCACGCUUGCUUGUACUUCAUCCGACCUACUGGCCACACCCUCAAGCCCUUGGACAUUGAGGUCAUGAAGAAGCUUUGCACGCGCGUCAACCUGAUUCCCGUCAUCGCAAAGGCUGACACUCAGAGCCCCGCCGAUUUGGCCAGGUUCAAGCAGAGGGUGAGCGCAGUCAUUGAGGCCCAAGGCAUCAAGAUUUACUCGCCGCCGCUCGAGGAGGACGACGAUGCCGCGCUCAAUCAUGCCCGUGGGUUGAUCAACGCCAUGCCCUUCUCUGUCAUUGGAUCCGAGAAGGAUGUAGCGACCAACGACGGACGAUCCGUCAAGGGCCGACAGUACGCCUGGGGUGUUGCUGAGGUUGAAAAUGAAGACCACUGCGACUUUAAGAAGCUCCGUGCUAUCCUCAUCCGAACCCACAUGCUCGACUUGAUUCACACCACCGAGGAGAACCACUACGAGGCCUACCGUGCCCAGCAGAUGGAGACUCGCAAGUUUGGCGAGGCACGCCCACGGAAGCUCGACAACCCCAAGUUCAAGGAAGAGGAAGAGGCUCUCCGCAAGCGCUUCACAGAGCAGGUCAAGGUGGAGGAGCAGCGAUUCAGACAAUGGGAGCAGAAGCUCAUCACCGAGCGCGACCGCCUCAACAAGGAUCUCGAGGCCAGCCACGCCAUGAUCAAGCAGCUCGAAAACGAAGUCGAAUCACUCCAGACGACCAUUGGCAACCGCUCGCACGGCCGCCGUUAA